GGAGAGUGGAAGUGAAGUGGGUUGUAACGUUGGUGCAGGCGCGGUUUGUUGUCGGUCCCUUGGUCGGGCUAUCUCAUGUGCCGUUCUCUAUACGCUCUUGGCCUGAUUGGCCUGAACUUUCUCCGUGCCGUCUUCAAAAAACGCCAAUGAUGUCACUUUCAAAGGGGCCACGGGCGCUUAGAUACUUAUCAGAAGCUCGUCGUUGUUGUUCUUUCAAAGACUGUGAUUACAGUAUGCUGCAACGUUCCGAUCAAAGUGUCAACCGCUCAUCAGCCUUCUCAAACAUGUCUCUCAUCCGGCAACGGAAAGGAUCAUUGAUUCCUGUCAAUCAUGACGAGGCUCUCCUGAUCCAAGUGUAG